GACAGUCAACUAAAAUCAUACUAACAUGGCUGUCUGUCAUAAUCCCCAAUCCCUCCAUCUCUGUUUGAUCGAUGUUUGGGAACUAUGGCUUCUUGCCUUGAACGCGAGAUCAAUGCCUUCCUAUGGCUGUCGCUAAUCGGCGUAACCUCCUUUUUGCUUGGAAAACUAGUGAAGAUUUUCCAGUUAUGGUGCAAGGCCCGCCUCAUACCUGGCCCGCCUUGCCCUUCCUUCUACGGCCACGCCUGCCUCUUCUCCACCUCCAAUCUCCCCGAUGUUCUUGAUAAGAUGCAUAAGAAAUAUGGUGGCGUUGUGAAACUUUGGCUAGCUCCUACGCAACUAUUGGUCUCGGUAGAGGAAAUGGAUCUUAUAAAAGAGGUACUUUUGAAGGCUGAGGAUAAGCUGCCUUUGACAGGGAGGGCCUUUCGUCUUGCAUUUGGAAGAUCUAGCCUUUUUAUCUCAUCGUUUCACAAGGUUGAACAUCAGCGGAAGUCGUUAGAACUGAAACUUGGAGGUGCGUUGCUUGAGAGAGCUACUUCAAUUCCUAAACAGAUAUUGGUUCGUGCUAUAGAAAAUGCUCAAAGCGCAAGGCACGAUGGAGCUGUGGACUCUGAAACAAUUUCUCUUCAUCUAGCUUAUACCAUCCUCGGAGCUACACUAUUUGGAGAUACGUUUUUGGAUUGGCCCAAGGCAACUCUCUUUAAGGAUCUGCUACUGACGAUAGCUAAAGAUGCAUGCUUUUGGGCAUCUUAUAGCGUCACGCCUUUCUGGAAAAGGGGUUUUUGGAUGUAUCAGGAUUCUUGUGCUCAGUUGAAGUGCUUAACGCUGGAGCUUAUAACAGAGUGCAGGCAAAACCGCAAGUCAGGAUUCUUAUGGGAGUUUGAUGCCCUCGAUCACAUGGAACAUGAGCCGUGUGGAGAAAUAAUAAGCCUGAUGUUCCAUGGGUCUCUCACUAUGGCUUCUCUUAUUGCUAAUAUCUUGAAAAGACUUGUGACACAUGCAGACGUACAGGAUAAGAUCCACUCGGAGAUAGUUAUUGACCAAAAAACUGGGAGAAGGCUAGACGAACAGAAUUUUGAUAUGUCACCUAAUCUCUUGGCAGUUGUAUAUGAAUCAGCCCGUUUACAUCCAGCCGGACCUCUGUUGCAAAGAUGCUCUCUCCAACACGAUUUGAAACUCAAAGAUGGUACAGUGAUACCUGCUGGUGCUAUUAUUGUUGUACCUGUUCAGCUGGUUCAAAUGAAUAGUUCAAACUGGGGGAGCGAUGCGGCGGAAUUCAAUCCAUGCCGAUUUCUAGCAAGUACGGAUGUCAGAUGUCUCGUUGACCUAAACAAUACUUUGACAGGACAUACUUCCUCCGUUGCAAAAGUGGGAAAGGAAGUCGAAGCAUUUCUAUCGUUCGGGUCUGGUACUCGUGCAUGUGUUGGACAAAAGCUAGCCAUCCUUGGGAUUUCAUCAUUGUUUGCUGCAUUGAUUGAACGUUACGAGUUAAGACCGCAGCUAGGAUCCGAAAGCAAUCUGAAACCAAAGACAAAUAACUGCGGUCUCCAGCUCGAUUCAAGUCUGCAGAUAGUUUUCUCAAAAAGGGGCAACUGAAGAAGCUGUUUUACUCACAAGUUAACAUGGGCUUAUGUAGUUUUUUGCUUGGUAAGUUUUUAUAUUUGGCUCUAGGGCCUCUGGUUCCAAGCUGUAAUAUUGUAAGUAGUUUUUCUCUGCUGUUGUGGAAUUGUAUUCCAGUUUCUUUCUCUCAAAUGAGAGCUAUACAUUUGCAGAAAUAAAUGUUCACACUUAUGCUAA